GAACUUUAAAAAAGUGCCAAAUUAUUUCUUUAUAAAAUCAUUCCAAAAGCUAUUUAUAAACAUCACCUCACCCACCGACGUCUCCUUUAUUGAAUACUCAUGGUCAAGAUUUCCUCCCUCUCUCUCUCCAAUGAUCACUCUUUAAGUGUCACUUAACUUUCUGGUUACUAAAUUUUGGGAUUUUUUGAUCAACUCUUGAAUUUCUACUAUACUUAAUUUUGCUAAAUUUUCAAUCUUUUUGGGUGAAAAUUCAAAGAUUUAUUAUCAAAUCAAGCAUUUUAGUUGUUAACUAGUGCUUUCCACCUAAACCCAUUUUUUGUGCUCCCACUAAACAGCAUUUUCAUUACUUUUCUUCAAAUUUUUUAUUUGUGGGGUUUUCUUGAAAAUUUAAGUCUUUGGAAGAAAAUAAUCAUGACCCAUAUUAGUUUUCAGAUUUUUGAUUCAAGUUACACUUCUUUUUCUUGAAAUUUUACUAGUUUCAAUACUGGGUUUAUGCAUGAGAUGAGAAAAUUGAGUUCAUUAAUCAAGGUUUUAAGGUGGGAGAUGAUGAAUUUGUUGGUGCUCAGAAUAAUUGUUAUUGUGUGUUCUUUCCCAGUUCUUGGAUCUGCAGAUGCAAGAGACCAUGUUGUAUCUCCAGCAGCUACGCCUGUCUUCAGCAGCGACAGUUAUGGACAUCCGGUUGCAGCACCUCAUAAAAGCACGUUCAAUUCUUUUCCUUAUAGGAGUCAUUCAUUUAGCAAAGUUUCUACCCUGCAUGGUUCUAAUAGUCCUACAUUUGCCUCCCCUCCACCUGCUGAAUCUCCUUUUCGACAUGUCCCAAGGGAACAGAUCAAUUCCCUGGGUUCUUCCCAUGAAAAUUCAUAUUCUGAGCAUCAUCGUGGUCAUCAUCAUCACCAUGAGAAGAACCAUUAUGAAAAAUCAGCUGCAGGACCAUCAAACCUGCUUUCUCCUCUUCCACACGGUUAUCAAUCUAUGCACCCUGCUCACGAGAUCACUCCAUCUCGGUCCCCCUAUUCUUCAACCUCAAGCCAGAAGUCACCUAUGCCUGCACCGUCAUCAAUAGAUUGGCAAAGGCCUUUUAAGCCACCCUCAAUCUCUCCUUUGAGCUCUUCAGUAAAGAUGUUUCCUCCUCCGUCUUCGACAUUUGUAUUACCAUCUCCACCUCCUAAUCAAGAUUGUACAUCAAUAACAUGUGUGGAACCAAUGACGUACACGCCAUCUGGAUCUUCCUGUGGUUGUGUGUGGCCAAUGCAAGUCAGAUUGCGACUCAAUAUUGCUCUAUACAGAUUUUUUCCUUUGGUCUCUAAGCUGGCUGCAGACAUUUCAUCAAGCCUUUCAUUUAAUCAGAGUCAAGUUCGCAUCAUGGGAGCAAAUGCUGCAAGCCAGCAGCUAGAAAAAACUACUGUUCUUGUGAACUUGGUUCCUUUAGAUGGAAAAUUCAAACAUGCUGCUGCAUUUUCACUGUAUGAGAAGUUUUGGCGCAAGCAAAUUCAUGUAAAUCCCAACUUCUUUGGUGCUUAUGAUGUGCUAGACGUUCACUAUCCAGGUCUUCCACCUUCCCCACCUUCUCUUUCUUCAAAUCUUGCUGCUAUAGAUGAUCAUCCCUUUCCUGCUAAUUUUAAGGGCAAUGGUGGGAGUUCAUCAAAGCCUCUGGGAGUUGAUAUACCAAGAACACAAACUACUGGUGGUCGUGAUAGAAGCAUGCAAGCUGUGAUAAUAAUAUCUGCAAUAACAGCUUUUUUAACAUGUGCUGGUAUUGCAUGGAUAUUGAUAGCCAGACAUAGAUGUUCUGGUCCUCAUCCUGAAGAGGCUCUAAUGACUGAGGUGUCUUCCUUUACAAAGCCAUCAGGAGCUGCUAGAUCUUUGGCGGUAGGUACCAAAUCUCUUUGUAGUUCAUUGUCUUUUGGCUCUGGGAUGCUAAACUUUACAGGGUCUGCCAAAAUCUUUAGUCUUCAUGAUAUUGAAAUCGCCACUGAUGGAUUUGACUCUUCGAGAAUCCUUGGAGAAGGUGGAUUUGGGGUAGUGUACAGAGGCAUUUUUGAUGAUGGAGAACAAGUGGCUGUUAAAGUCCUGAAGAGGGAUAAACGCCAUGGAAUACAUGAAUUUUUAUCUGAAGUUGAGAUGCUAAGCCGUUUGCACCAUAAGAAUCUUGUUAAAUUGCUAGGCAUAUGCACAGAGUAUCAUAUUCGGUGCCUCAUCUAUGAGCUGGUUCCAAAUGGAAGUGUUGAAUACCACUUGCAUGGAGUUGCCAAGGAAGUUGUUGCUCCACUUGAUUGGGCAACCCGCAUGAAAAUUGCCCUUGGGGCCGCUCGAGGUUUGUCCUACCUACACGAAGAUUCAAACCCUUGUGUCAUACAUCGUGACUUUAAGGCCAGUAACAUCUUGUUAGAACAAGAUUUCACACCAAAAGUGUCUGACUUUGGAUUAGCCAGAAAUGCAUUGAAUGAGGGAAACCAACCCAUCUCAACUCAUGUAAUUGGGACAUUUGGUUACUUGGCUCCUGAAUAUGCAAUGUCUGGGCAUCUUCUUGUCAAAAGCGAUGUUUACAGCUAUGGUGUAGUUCUACUGGAGCUGUUAACUGGAAGAAAGCCAGUAGACUUUUCGAACCCACCAGGUCAAGAAAAUCUAGUAGGAUGGGCUCUCCCACUUCUCACCAGCAAGGAUGGAUUGGAAAUUGUAAUGGACCCCAACCUAAAGACGAGUGCUCCAUUUGACAGUUUCUCCAAAGUAGCAGCAAUUGCAUCUAUGUGUGUACAGCCAGAGGUAUCCCGCCGUCCCUUCAUGGGAGAAGUUGUUCAGGCCUUAAAACUUGUUUGCAGUGAGAUCAACGAUGCAAAUGAGGAAGAACCAGGGAGUGAUUCCAAUCAGGCAAAGGUUUCAGUGGGUGAAGAUAUUAAAGGUGGUCAAAUCCCACCUGACUUUCAAGUUUUCCUUGGGACUCAUUAUACUCCCCUUGGGUAUGAUUCAAGUUGUGAUGCUAAGCUGCCAUCAUCGGCAGUGGAUUUGGCAAGUGUUUCAGCAGAAUUUGCAGACAGUGAAUUUCAAUAUUCAGGAAUGCAUUGCAGUUCUGGGCCUCUGGGAUCAGGGAAGAAAAAAUCAUUCUGGCAGAGGUUUGGCCGAUUUUCAAGAGGGAGCAUGAAGGAACAUCUUUGGCCUGGAGCACAGUAAAUAAGAAUACUAAGCUAUUCACCAAUUUAGCUACUGUCAAGUGUCAAUACAUAUAAGAUGAGAAGUUUUGUUAUCUAGAAGUGACAAUUUGAAGUAUUUAGAACCUGCUUUGAACUUAAAAGACGGAAAAGGAUUUAAAUAGUAAUUUCUGCAGUGUUCUGAGCAAGGGCAGAUGCUUGGAUAUUAUUACCCUGGAGUCAUACUGUCGUAGGAUGUGUGAAAAUAUUGUUGAUUAAUCUUUUGAUUACCAUCCGUUAAA